UGUACGCCCAGCUUUAAACUGGGUGAUGUUUUUUCUUCUUGGGAGGGGCUCCACUGGGGGGUCCCGCAGGGAUCAAUCCUUGGUCCUCUUUUGUUUGCCAUUUAUUUGCUACCUCUGGGGUCAAUCUUUCGUAAACAUGGCCUAUCAUUCCAUCUCUAUGCUGACGAUUGCCAGAUUUACUCUCCAUUGUGUCAGGAGAAAGGUCUGCUCUAUCCAGUCCUUUGUGUCCUGUAUUAACGAGGUGAAGUCUUGGCUAAUGGCCAACGUUCUACAUCUGAAUGAGGGAAAGACAGAGCUCAUUGUUUUUCACCCCAACAGCAGGAAUGUGGAUCGUUAUGUUGAUCUUGGCCCUCUUUCUCCCUACUCAAAACCAGUUGUUACCAGUUUGGGAGUGAAAAUUGAUGCUGGACUUAAAUUUGAUGCUCACAUCAACUCAGUGAUCCAGUCCAGUUUCUUUCACCUGAGACGCCUUGCAAAUAUCAAGCCAAUACUAUCGAGAGCCCACCUGGAGCGGGUACUGCAUGCCUUUGUUAUUUCUAGGCUUGAUUACUGCAACUCUCUUUAUUCAGGGUUGUGUCAGUCAUCACUGCGUCGUCUACAGGUUGUGCAGAACAGCGCAGCCAGGUUCCUGACUGGGACCAGGAAACGGGACCACAUCAGUCCGGUUCUGGCCUCCCUGCACUGGCUUCCGGUUUGCUAUCGUGCACAAUUCAAAAUCCUCGUCUUUGUUUACAAUUUCUUCCAGGGUGGUGGUUCCUGAACAUGUUUGAUUCGGCCCUCUUUUACGUUGAAUUUCUUUCACAGUUUUCAUUGGUUCACUCUAUCCCUUGUUUUACCCAUCUGUCCUGUACUAGAAUGUUUCAUCUUUUUUUGUAAUUUGUAUUUUGUAAUUUGAAUUGCUUUUAUUUCUGAAUUGCUUUUAUUUUUGAUUUAUUCACUAUAUUUGUACUUCUACUGUACCAUGUUCAGCGCCUUG